CCCCGGCGUCGCAGUUGACCGCUUCAUUGAACCUGUGCUGUGAGUCUUGAAUAAUUCGUCCCCUGGCUUGGAUUAAGCUGAUCUUGUACCAUACCAGACUCGCCAUGCAUAAUCUGAACACUUCCGCAGAGAACACGAAGCAACCUGCGGAGCACACCGUCAAUCCCACCGAACCCAUCCCGUGGCUCGACUGCGGCAAGUUUUCAACCAACGACGUCCGCCUCUGGUCCGAGCCGGAGCCCCUCACUGUUGGCGAGGUGCGAUUCAAGGUCCCGAGCUGCUACCCGCGAGCAGUCCUCCUGGGCCUGAGCAACAUCUGUAUGAAUAACGUGCGUAUCAGGGCCGAAGUCCGCAGCAUCGCAGACGACCGCGCGAUCGUCAACAUGGUCGCGUGGGGAGACACCACGCACUGGGAGACGGCAUGCUCCUGGCUGAGUAUCCCUCUCGACGACCCUGACAUCCAAUAUGGCACCUACAGCAAUAAGGAGGACCGCAGCGACGCCCAGUCCCAGCAGCUGACCUCGCGUCAGAUCGCUUUCGCGCGCCCCUACGCGUCACCGCCAAAGGUCGUCGCUUGGCUCAAUGCCGUCGACUGCGGAGCUGGGCGGAACGCGCAGGUUUCUGUCUACGCGGACGCCGUCGCGUCCGAUGGGUUCACGAUCCAUACUUGGUCCGACUCGCUCCCGUUCUCCGCAGGCGCGUCGUGGAUUGCGUACUCGGCCGGCCGCACGGACGUGCGCAGCGGAACAUUCGAGAUCAAGGACGUGCGCCCGCCCGAUAUGCCUCGCCAUAAGAAUCGUGGGCGCGUAUCGUGGGGCGCACCGCGGAUGGCGAAGCCGCCGCGGGUGUUCACGGCACUCAGGAUGUUCCAUUUCGACGGCGGGAAGAUCGUGCGUCUUGCCUCGAGUCAGAGCGAGAUCACGACUACCGGUAUGACCUGGAAUAUGGAUAGCUGGGAUGAGACAAUAUUUUAUCAGGCCGGACAGGUGUUUGUCGCCUUCGAUGACGAGUGCGCAGACUCUGAGUCCUAAACUUUGAGCUUCAGCAGAAAGGGAAUUGCUGACGAGAGACUCGAGUACAAAUAUAUCAUACGCGAGUAGUGUACAAUGUUGCGACCAACAUGUAUAGGCUUUAUCUGCGCUCGCUCGAGGGUGGUCAGACGACCUCAUGGAAGAUGUUGCUCAAGGAGGUCGUGAGCAGGUCUAUCGGGUCCAGCAUCGGGAAGCGAUGUGGCGGUGCUGCAUUGUAUUCUUGGACUGGCGCCUUUAGUUAUGGGGGCAGGCGUAAGGCUGAGGAGGCUGGUACAACACGUUUGUGCAAGCUGAAAGGACGAAGAUGAUGCCAUCGAUGCCAAAUGGUCGCGGUAUUGCGUGCAAUGCAGGUGCUCUCGAGGUACAGUUGUUGGAAAACUGACCAGGCAAAACUGGAGGGAUCGAACAUGUGGUGAUGACGGGGAUGUACGUAGUGGAAACUGCGAGGAAAGUGGGGACCUCAUUGAGGGGCGCUGUAACACACGAAAUGUCGAGCAGGAUCAGAAUGGGGAAAGGAGGAGUCACAGCUCACAUUACUCCACGUUCGGUGCUUCCGCAGUCACGAGCAAAGCCUCCGUGGCCUCCGCCAAGGACCGAGAUCUUAGUCAGACCAGGGUAACUCGCGACUGGAGGACGGGCGAUUACCGGGCUUCCGGCUGUGAAACCUAUCGCGUUCUACUAUCUCAUUGCGGCUUGGAAGAGAGGAAGUCCCGAUGAAGAGUGGCAGAGCGGCCUAAUGACGUGGAGGAUCUUGCGGCCUUAGAAGCCAUGGCUUCGCCCGCCCGCUACGACGACAUGUCGUGCACCCAUCCUUCUAAGUAACACAGAGACAAGAGGGAAGUGUCGCUUUCUUGCCGUGAGACAAUACGGUUGAACAGAGGAAUAGGUUUGGUCGGA